AUGAGAGAAAACGAGUGGGAGUCUUUUUUUGCUUCAAUCACUUCAUUUUGUAACAAGAAUAACAUUGAUAUUCUUAAUGUGGAUGCUAUGUAUAUUCCUUCGGGAAAAAAGAAACGUUGUCGUUUGGAUACUACUAAUAUUCAUCAUUUUCGAAUUGAAGUGUUCUUGGGAGUUAUUGAUCUUCAGCUUCAAGAGUUAAACAACCGAUUUGAUGAGGUUAGUAUAGAGUUAUUGACUUGUAUGGCUUCUUUGAGUCCACUUGAUAAAUUUUCUUCUUUUGACAAACAAAAGAUACUUAGACUUGUUGAAUUAUAUCUCGAUGAAUUUACAAGUGUUGAUAAACUAGCCCUUGAUGAUCAACUUGAUAAUUAUAUUGUUGAUAUGCGGAGGGAUGAUAGAUUUUGGGUAUUGAAAGAUAUGGGUGAACUUUCCAUGAAGCUGGUCGAGACAAAGAAGCAUCAAGUGUACCAACAAGUCUAUUUGCUCAUAAAGUUAGUAUUGAUUCUCCCCGUAGCAACCACAAGUGUGGAAAGAGCAUUUUCUAAAAUGAACAUCGUGAAGAAUAAGUUGCGAAAUAGCAUAGGUGAUCAGUUUCUAAAUGAUUGUUUGGUCACUUAUAUAGAAAGAGAUGUUCUUGUCCAAAUCGAUGAUGAAAAAAAUCUUAAAACGACUUCAAGAAAUGAAAGCUCAUCGAGAACAAUUGUAAUUGUUUCUAGUGUUUAG